AUGCUAGCAAUCGAAGGAACUAUACAGCCAAAAAAGGACAAAGACCCGGACGUCACAAUAUCCUUCAACCAAACAGACUUUAGAUCGGCAAGCCCUAACCUCGAUGACCCCGUGGUAAUUUCCAUCCAGAUCGGAGAACUGUUGGUAAGGAAAACAUUGCUGGACCCAGGUAGUAGUGCUGAUGUUUUAUUUUAUUCUACCUUUAUAAAGAUGAAAUUAUCAGAAAAAUUGAUACAGCCCUCCUCGGGAGAGCUAAUUGGGUUCUCCAGAGAGAGAGUCCCCAUCAUGGGACACAUAUGGCUAAAAACCACAAUGGGAGAAAUCCCUAUGUCAAAGUCAAUUGAUAUUCAAUACCUAAUAGUAGACUGUUACAGCCCUUACAAUAUUAUAAUUGGAAGACCCGCCCUGAAUAUAUUCAGAGCAGUGGUGUCCACAUUACACCUAUGUGUUAAGUUCCCAGUGCAGGAAAACAAGAUAGUUACAGUGUACGCCGAUCAUCAAGAAGCUCGGCAGUGCUACAAUGCUAGCCUAAAGCUAACCCAAACAAAACAAGAAGCUCGGACUCAGGUUCAAGCAAUCCACACUUCUGCAGACACAGCGACACUGGCCGACCUCGACCCAAGGGAAGACCUCGACGAAAGACCCCGCCCAAUGGACAACCUGAUAAACCCAAUUUAUGACAUGCCAGAAAUAAAUCCAGAGGUCAUCUGCCACAAGUUAGCAAUCGACAAAACAGCCCGACCAAUAGCACAGAAGAAAAGGAACCUCAGAGAGGAGAAAAGGCAAGCAGCACUGGAAGAAACCAAGAAGCUCCUCAACGCAGGUUUCAUCAGAGAAAUUCGCUUCACCACAUGGUUGUCCAACGUGGUAAUGGUAAGGAAGAAUUCAGCUUUGAGUUUUAUGGAUGCAUACUCUGGUUAUAACCAGAUUCUGAUGCAUCCAGAGGACCAAAGGAAAACGGCUUUUAUAACAGAACAUGGAAACUUUUGUUACAAGAUAGGCCGGAAUAUGGAAGUCUAUGUAGAUGAUAUGGUAGCAAAAACACCAGCACAAGGGUCACACUGUGAUGACUUGGUAGAAAUAUUCAAACAACUCCGAGCAUACAACAUAAGACUCAAUCCGGACAAAUGUGCUUUCGGAGUCCAAGGAGGGAAAUUCCUCGGAUUCAUGCUAACCUCGCGAGGCAUCGAAGCCAACCCAGAAAAAUGCAAAGCCGUACUAAACAUGACAAGCCCAAAAACGGUGAAAGAAGUCCAACAACUAGCAGGACGAAUAGCUGCCUUAUCACGUUUCCUACCUGCAGUGGCAAACCGAUCUUAUCAUUUCUUCCAGACAUUCUCUAAAGGCAAGAAGUUCACCUGGACAGACGAAUGUGAGAACUCUUUUACUGAACUCAAACAGAACCUAACAUCACCACCAAUCCUACAAAGACCAGAGACAGGUAAGCCAUUGUGUUUAUACCUAUCAGUAUCUAACCAUGCUAUAAGCUCGGUAUUAGUAACAGAAACAGGAAGAAAGCAAAACCCAGUAUACUUCAUCAGUAGGGUGCUACAACCAACAAAAACAAGGUACCCAAAGAUAGAACAAUUGGCACUGGCACUAGUCACCACGGCAAGAAGACUGCGGCACUACUUCCAAAGCCACACAAUCAUAGUACGAACAGACCAACCGCUAAGGCAGAUACUAACCAGACCCGAGCUCGCCGGCAGACUAAUAAAGUGGGCGAUCGAGCUCUCUGAGUUCGAUAUUCAAUAUGAACCAAGGAAGACACUGAAGUCACAGGUGCUAGCCGACUUUAUAUUGGAAAUGACUAAUGACACACAAAACAUAGAGGUCAAUUGGAGCAUACAUGUGGAUGGAGCGUUAAACAAAGAAGGCAGUGGGGCAGGGGUACUGCUGAAGGAAGAAGACAAAGUGGUGGCCGAGCAGUCACUGCAGUUCCGCUUCAACGCAAGCAACAAUCAGGCGGAGUACGAGGCCCUACUCGCUGGACUAAAGCUCGCCCUACAGCUACAAAUACCCCGAAUAACAGUUUACUGUGACUCUUCAUUAGUGGUGCAUCAAAUAAAGGGCGAAUUCCAGGUAAAAGAUCCUUUGUUAGAAAAAUAUUGGCUCAUAACAAAGGAUCUCAUUUCGAAAUUUAGCAAAUUUGACAUUAUUCAUGUGAAUCGAGAACAAAACACCAAGGCCGAUGUGUUAUCCAAGUUAGCCACAACUAGGCAAACCGAAAACACAUCGGCACUGUCCCAGCUAACACUUGACAAACCGAGUUUUGAGCAGGAUACAAUUUUAAGUAUCAUACAGGUACCAGAUUGGCGAACACCUUUUCUCGACUACAUCAACACAGGCACCAUGCCAAAUGAUGAGCCGAACUUGCCGCUCUUCAGAAGAAGAGCAAGCUUCUAUACAAUGCUCGGAAACACCCUAUACAGGCGAGGACAUUCCCAACCACUACUCAAAUGCAUCAGCAAUAAGGAAGCCGAGGAGGUUAUGGCAGAAACACACGAAGGAGUUUGUGGAAAUCACAUUGGCGGCCGAGCAUUAGCCACAAAGAUACUGCAAACAGGAUACUAUUGGCCGAUGAUAAAAAGGGACUGCAUUUCAAAAGUAAAGGCCUACGAUAACUGUCAAAAGCACGCCACACUCUCCGAAACCCCGGCCGAAGAACUCCACACCAUAGAGGUAAGCUGGCUUUUCGAUAGGUGGGGAUUAGAUAUCCUCGUACCUUUCCCGAAAGCGCCAGGCCAGAUACGCUCAGUAGAGCACCCGCAAACUAACGGACAAGUUGAAUCGGCUAACAGAAUUAUCUUGCAGGGAUUAAAGAAAAAGCUCGACGAGGCUAAGGGAGAAUGGGCCGACCUCAUUCCAGAAAUCCUAUGGAGUUAUAAUACCAGCAUCCAGUCUGCCACAGGAGAAACUCCUUUCAAACUGGUAUAUGGCGCAGAAGCACUCAUUCCAGUAGAAGUCAGCGUCCCAACAUUAAGGACCGACCUCUAUGAUCAAUCCAAUAAUUUGCAAGCUCGGGCAGCCGAGUUGGAUCUUGUAGAAGAAGAAAGAGAUAUUUCAGCCAUAAAGCAGCGAGCCAGAAAGCAAUACAUAGAGCGAAGACACAACAAAAGAGUAGUUCACAGGUCCUUCAACAACGGAGACCUCGUACUCAGAUGA